CGCAGACAAACAAAGGCUGGAAAAAAAUCUUUUGAUUUUGUGUUACGAAACGGAAUGGUACAACCAGCUGAGGGUGAUGUUUUUGAAUGUCCUAAUGGUCUUUCCUUGCGUCCAGGAGGUCAUACUCUUGGGCAUAUUCUUGCCCACUACAAAAAAAAGGUUGGGCUAAUUCUGAUUCCUGAAGGAGUUGCCAUUCCAGAUGACUUGGUUCUUAUUCAUGAACACACCGACCAUUAUUCUCUUCAAACUUCCGUUCCUUGUACAGAAGAUGAGUUGAACGCAAAAUUAAAUCAUUUCUUUGAAACAACACCUAAUAUUCAAAAAGUACCGUUGGAGGCCUACUUAGAACAAUUCCCUCUUAUGAAAAUUAAAUUUUAAUGAGCUUUAGGCUA